GCGCUAUUGAGGUGGUCAUCACCGUUUUGCGGCUUACAUACAGCUAUCCGACAGUUCACGCUUAGCUAUGCUACAUGACUUCGACGCUGGCAUUGCUGCAUGUGAGGUACGAUGCCGACUGUUGCGAUGAUGCUAGGAUGAGGAUCUGUUACCUCUCAUCAGACAUCACCGCUUCACAGCAAUCCAUCGAUUAGACUAGUAUGACGUCAUGCCCGCUCGUCUAUUACGCGCCCAGCUUCACGCCCUUGGGAUUCAAAGAAUCGCGAAUCUCAAAUCGCAUUGGGGUGAUGGGUCAUCUGGGCCUCGGGUGUCAGGGCGACUAUUUUUUGCACUACGUAGAUAAUUCCCGCGCGUCGGAGAGAUAGUCACGUGGACGGUCGGAGGCUAGGAGAAUUUGUCAGCGGGCGUGGGAACCGUGCAGGCAUACGGGCGUGAAGCACGGCGCGCGCAUGGGGCCACCCCAUCCUCCGUUACAAUGCGCCGCCCCGCCGCAACAGAUGAUCGCUUCCCACUGCGUUCGCCUGACGAACGACAUACCUGAGUCAGGAGUCAGGAUGAUUGAUGAUGGGAGGGCAUAUGAUGACGAAAUGCGAUUGAACGACCGUGAGCCGAAGGAAGUAUCCAAUGGCGUAUUUGCUGAGACAUUCCCAGUCGCCCCUGUCUGCAACGAUUGUCUUCGCGUCGUCUGGUACAAACGCCACCUGGCCCAGAUGCGUGCCUCCUGUGGCAAAGAUACACAGCCUGACGUCAGCAGGGCCAGUCUAAUCAGCUCUGAUCUCUCCCGACGAGAGAGGGCGACACGCGGUAGGGACCGAGCCGUCCUCACCUCCACCUCGUGCUGUGAACGAUGCCGUUCACCGAACAGCUGCACAUUCGCCACCGGAACUAUAGAUGCGUAUAUAUGUCACUCACGAGUCACGAUUCGUGCACCUGGAGCCGACCACGCCACAGUCAGGGUCGAGAAGAUUCGACUCACCAUGCACGCGUUAGGGCGCAGCAAAAAUUUGCGCGUCUGCACCACUGCAUCCUCGUGCUUCCUACGCAGCGCCCUUUGACUGUGUGA